UGGAGCCGGGAGUGGGCAACACGGCGUGAGCAGCGGCCCCAGGCUCGCGGAGCACCGCGCUCGGAGAAGACUUCGCCGCUCGGGGCCGCAGCCUGGUGAGCUCAGCCCCCUUCAAGCCCUCCCUUACAUCCCAGCCGGGGCCACUCCGAGCCGGCGCCUAUCGAUGCCGACACACCCCGGGGACCCUAUCGCGACUCCACCGCGCCAUAUCGCGACACCAUCGUGCCUUGUCGAGACUCCAUUUUGCCACAGCCCUUCUCAAUAUAUAGCUAUAUCUUUUAAAAAAAUUUGCCCUGUCAUCUUUGGGGGCUGUCCCAUGUCGUGAUUUUGCCGUGAUCUCUCCGUGACAUAACCGCGCCAUCGUGAAGUGUGAUCUCAUCGCCGCCCCUGUCGUGACUUCAUCAAUGUCGUGUUGUGACCUGGCUGCGGCGGGACAGUUGGGCAAGGCGGGCAUCAUGGCCUCGGAUUGCGAGCCAGCUCUGAACCAGGCAGAGGGCCGAAACCCCACCCUGGAGCGCUACCUGGGAGCCCUCCGUGAGGCCAAGAAUGACAGCGAGCAGUUUGCAGCCCUGCUGCUAGUGACCAAGGCAGUCAAAGCAGGUGACAUCGAUGCCAAAACUAGGCGGCGGAUCUUUGAUGCUGUCGGCUUCACCUUCCCCAAUCGUCUCCUGACUACCAAGGAGGCGCCGGAUGGCUGCCCCGACCAUGUUCUCCGGGCCUUGGGUGUGGCCCUGCUGGCCUGCUUCUGCAGUGACCCUGAACUAGCCGCCCAUCCCCAGGUCCUGAACAAGAUCCCCAUCCUUAGCACCUUCCUCACAGCCCGGGGGGACCCUGACGAUGCUGCCCGCCGUUCCAUGAUUGAUGACACCUACCAGUGCCUGACAGCUGUGGCAGGCACACCUCGUGGGCCCCGACACCUCAUUGCCGGUGGCACCGUGUCUGCCCUGUGUCAGGCAUACCUGGGGCAUGGCUAUGGCUUUGACCAGGCCCUGGCACUCCUGGUGGGGCUGUUGGCCGCUGCUGAGACACAGUGCUGGAAAGAGGGGGAGCCUGACCUGCUGGCUGUUUUGCGGGGCCUCAGCGAAGAUUUCCAGAAAGCCGAGGAUGCCAGCAAGUUUGAGCUCUGCCAGCUGCUGCCCCUCUUCCUGCCCCCAACAACUGUGCCCUCUGAAUGCCUCCGGGAUCUGCAGGCCGGGCUGGCACGCAUCCUGGGCAGCAAGCUGAGCUCCUGGCAGCGCAACCCAGCAUUGAAGCUGGCAGCCCGCCUGGCGCACGCCUGCGGCUCCGACUGGAUCCCAGCGGGCAGCUCCGGGAGCAAGUUCCUGGCCCUGCUGGUGAAUCUGGCAUGCGUGGAGGUGCGGCUGGCACUGGAGGAGACAGGCACAGAGGUGAAAGAGGAUGUGGUGACCGCUUGCUAUGCCCUCAUGGAGUUGGGGAUCCAGGAAUGCACCCGCUGUGAGCAGUCACUGCUUAAGGAGCCACAGAAGGUGCAGCUUGUGAGCGUCAUGAAGGAGGCCAUCGGGGCUGUCAUCCACUACCUGCAGCAGGUGGGGCCAGAGAAACAGAAGGAGCCCUUUGUGUUUGCCUCCGUGCGGAUCCUGGGGGCCUGGCUGGCCGAAGAGGCCUCCUCCCUGCGCAAGGAGGUCUGCCAGCUGCUGCCCUUCCUCGUCCGCUAUGCCAAGACCCUCUACGAGGAGGCCGAGGAGGCCAGCGACCUCUCCCAGCAGGUGGCCACCUUGGCCAUCUCCCCUACCACCCCGGGGGCCACCUGGCCAGGGGAUGCUCUCCGGCUCCUCCUGCCCGGCUGGUGCCACCUGACGGUCGAAGAUGGGCCCCGGGAGAUCCUGAUCAAGGAGGGGGCCCCCUCACUUCUGUGCAAGUAUUUCCUGCAGCAGUGGGAACUCACAUCCCCUGGCCACGACACCUCAGUGCUGCCCGACAGCGUGGAGAUCAGCCUGCAGACCUGCUGUCACAUCUUCCUCAACCUCGUGGUCACUGCACCAGGGCUGAUCAAGCGAGAUGCCUGCUUCACUUCUCUAAUGAACACCCUGAUGGCGUCGCUGCCCGCACUAGUGCAGCAGCAGGGGAGGCUGCUUCUGGCUGCCAAUGUGGCCACCCUGGGCCUCCUCAUGGCCCGGCUCCUUAGCACCUCUCCAGCUCUUCAGGGGACACCAGCAUCCCGAGGUUUCUUCGCAGCUGCCAUCCUCUUCCUGUCGCAAUCCCACGUAGCACGGGCCACUCCUGGCUCAGACCAGGCAGUGCUGGCCCUGUCCCCUGACUACGAGGGCAUCUGGGCGGAUCUGCAGGAGCUCUGGUUCCUGGGCAUGCAGGCCUUCACAGGCUGCGUGCCCCUGCUGCCCUGGCUGGCCCCCGCCGCCCUGCGCUCCCGCUGGCCACAGGAGCUGCUUCAGCUGCUGGGCAGCGUCAGCCCCAACUCUGUCAAGCCUGAAAUGGUAGCCGCCUAUCAGGGUGUCCUGGUUGAGUUGGCCCGGGCCAACCGGCUGUGCCGGGAGGCCAUGAGGCUGCAGGCAGGUGAGGAGACGGCCAGCCACUACCACAUGGCCGCCCUGGAGCAAUGCCUGGCAGAGCCCUGAGGGGGCAUCCACUGGGGACAGACCCGGGGGCGGGCGGCAAGGGAAGGAGGGAGGAGGCAUCUCCCCUGAAGCCCCCAGAUUGGACCCUCUCCCCCCAACUUCCCCCACAAACAUCCCAGCUUUCUGGCUUUUCCGAGGGUGAGGGCAUGGUGCCCAUCCUUCAAGUGUGAGGAACUGCGUCGUGCCCCCUGGGCCCGCUCAGGGGCAGGGAUUGGCUUGGAAAUCAGCAUGGCUGUCCCCACCAGGCCAGGGGAGGUUGGAGCAGCCCGCAGGGAGGGGGGCACUAGGUGUCAUUGUGCCCGAUGUCUGGCUGCCUCGUAGGAGGGAGGCCUCCAGAUGGGACAGGGCUGGCAGGAGCUGGCUGCUUCAGCCCGGGUGCCCUGCCGGCCAGGGCGUGGUCUCCCCUAGACUGUGGUGCCCCUCUGGACUCCCAGGUCCACGUCCUUUAACUUGGCCAUUCGGUUCUUGCCCUUGGCCCCCUUGGGCAGAGAGCAGGCUCAGGCCGUUGACAUCACAGUUCUUCCUAUCAGCUUCAGUGACCCAGGGUCUGAACUGCCCCAGCCUUCCAGGGCAACCUGGGGUACAAAGCUCUGGUGGGGUGGGGGUCGGGAAACCUUCCACCUGAGCUUCCUUGAGGGGACCCAAGAGCCCUUGGAUCCUGGUCUCUAAGCUUUUGUGUUGUGUUGCAGCAGAGUGACAGUGAGGGUUGGGGAGUUAUUUAUUUUGCCUGCCCUUAUCCCUGCUUGGACACCUGAGCAUCUGAUCCCUGUCCCCUUGGUGCCAUCUGGCCUGGAUGGAGACAGGAACCGGAGGGGUGCUUUCCCAGAAUCCGCAUGUUUCCCUAGUGACUGCACCCCGUCGCCAUCGUAGUGCCUGGCUUUAACUCCCACCCCUGCUUGUGAUUCCUCUCUGCAGAGAGACGCGACUGGCGGCUCCAGUAGGGACUACCUUUCUUAUGAACCUGAUCCCUUGCUUCCCUCUCCCCUUCCCUCCCCCAGUGCGUUCUGUGAUCGCCCAGUUCAAAGCUGUGCACAUGUGGACACUCAAUAAAUGUUCAUUGGUGAC